UUUAAACCGUGGUGGAGGGGGCGGCGGGAGCGCGCCGGGUGCCGGCUGCUCCUCGCUCGGCUUCGACUCUCCCGCUGCCGUCGGCGUCUCCCGCGCGCCCCGCCCCGGCCCCGGGCUCCGCCGCCGGCCCCGCGCCUCCCCGACGACGUAGGCCCCUCCGGGCAGCGCCGGGAGCCGAGAUGAAGGUGCUGGGACACCGGCUCGAGCUGCUGACAGGGCUCCUGUUGCACGACAUGACUAUGGCUGGUCUUCAAGAACUGCGAUUCCCAGAAGAGAAGCCUCUGCUCCGCAGCCAGGAUGCCACUGAGCUGGAGAACUCUGACACCUUCCUCUCAGCUGUGGACACAGACUGGAAGGAGCACGAUAUCGAGACGCCCUAUGGCCUUCUGCAUGUGGUGAUCCGGGGCUCCCCCAAGGGGAACCGCCCAGCCAUCCUCACCUACCAUGAUGUGGGCCUCAACCACAAGCUGUGCUUCAACACCUUCUUCAACUUCGAGGACAUGCAGGAGAUCACCAAGCACUUUGUGGUGUGCCACGUAGAUGCCCCGGGACAGCAGGUGGGGGCGUCGCAGUUCCCUCAGGGGUACCAGUUCCCCUCCUUGGAGCAGCUGGCCGCCAUGCUUCCCAGCGUGGUUCAGCACUUUGGGUUCAAGUACGUGAUUGGCAUCGGAGUGGGAGCCGGAGCCUAUGUGCUGGCCAAGUUUGCGCUCAUCUUCCCGGACCUGGUGGAGGGGCUGGUGCUGGUGAACAUCGAUCCCAACGGCAAAGGCUGGAUUGACUGGGCUGCCACCAAGCUCUCGGGCCUGACCAGCACCCUACCUGACACGGUGCUCUCCCACCUGUUCAGCCAGGAGGAGCUGGUGAAUAACACGGAGCUGGUGCAGAGCUACCGGCAGCAGAUCUCCAAUGUGGUGAACCAGGCCAACCUGCAGCUCUUCUGGAACAUGUACAACAGCCGAAGAGACCUGGACAUUAACCGGCCUGGGACGGUGCCCAAUGCCAAGACACUCCGCUGCCCCGUGAUGCUGGUGGUCGGCGACAACGCCCCUGCUGAGGAGGGGGUGGUUGAAUGCAAUUCCAAACUGGACCCAACCUCCACGACCUUCCUCAAGAUGGCAGAUUCUGGGGGCCUUCCCCAAGUCACACAGCCAGGGAAGCUGACUGAGGCCUUCAAGUACUUCCUGCAAGGCAUGGGAUACAUGCCCUCAGCCAGCAUGACCCGCCUGGCACGCUCCCGCACCGCGUCCCUCACCAGCGCCAGCUCGGUGGAGGGCAGCCGCCCGCAGGCCUGCGCUCACUCGGAGAGCAGUGAGGGGCUGGGCCAGGUCAACCACACCAUGGAGGUGUCCUGCUGAAGCCCACGGUCCUGCCCGAGACACCCACCUCUUCGGGGCCCCCCUGCCAUCCCUGCGCCGGCUCAUCGUUCCUUUCGUUUAUUUCUGUGAGGGUAAAGGGGAGGAGACGAAGGUUAUUUUUCUUUUGUUUAAAAAAAAUGAGGGAUCCAAGGUAGAUGCUUGCAGUACAACAGUCUGAGAUGGUUAGAGGGGCGCCUCCUCCCUGGCCCAUCGCCGCCCCCCACCCCUCCGUGUUCACUUGGCUGACGUGUCCCCUCACCCCCACUCUGGCACUGUGCGGCGAGCCCCAGAGAGGGCAGAGUCCUCUGAGAACAAUCCAGCAAGAGCAUGGGUGGGAGGGAGACCUCAGGUUGGAAGAUGGGAUGCAGUUUUGAGGUGGUGGGUGCUGAGUUCAGACUCCGAUAUGAGGGACAGGAGCCCCGUUCCUCUGAAGGCCUCUUCCCCUCCACCAAGCACAAACUUGCACGUUUGUGGUACAGGAGACAAUCAUGCGGAUGGUGACCACAAGGGGGCGCUGAGACGGGGCAGCCACUUUCCUGGUGCUCUCUGGGACUGAGGUGAACCAUGGGAACCCCAGGACAGAAAGUCCAGUGCUUUCCCUCUCCCCUGCUCCACCUCCCACCCCCACUCUGCCACCUUCUGGCCCUUUCCCAUCCUAAGCUAGGUGUCCUAGGCAGAAAUCACCUGCUUUUGUCUUCCUAAUGACCUGUCUGGGGGCAGAGGGAUAGUCUGGGAUUGCUCAUGUGCUUUGUGUAGACUUGGGAUCAGAUCUCUGGAAAAUGGCAGGUGACUGAGAGUUCUGUAAGAAGCCUUUGUUGCCUCAGAGUUCAGCCCACUUGGUAGUACCUGGUGUUUCCCGGCAAAGCCCUGGUCAAGCUGUGCCAGUGAGUCCUGCAGCCAUCACUGGGGAAACAAGUUUAUUGGAGAGAUCUGGUUCAAGACGAGAUACCACCACCUCCACCCACUGGAGUAGGCCGGGGUUUGCCGGGUCUUGCGAUGGUAAAUGGAAAGUUCUUGAACAAGGGCCAAGUAGAAGAGAAGGGCUUCCUAGACAUGCCUGCCUCCCACAGCCCAGGACUGUGCCCUCUACUCCACAACCACCCGGUUUACCAGGGAGAAUCUCCCAGGCCCCCCAAACAGAGCCCUUGUCCCAGAUUCUCAAUCUAUUGUCACAAUCUCCCAAACAGGAAAAUGAAAACAAAAAGAAGGGCUGUAAGGGAAAGGGAAGGGUUAGUGUGGAUUUUUACAGGGUGUGUUCUGAGGCCAAGAGGUCAUCAAAAUCCACAUUCCUGGCACAGGCCGCCCCUGCAGUACUCUUAAGCCAUUACUCUAGAGCCGGGUGGAGUGUGUUCUGUCCCCAGUUCUGUUUGCUCACGUGCUUUCUUUGAAUAUUGAAUGUGACUGUUGAAAACUGGUAGAAUUAAUCCCUCUUACUGUAUGUAGAUAGCACUGCGAGUAUUUGACUUUUUUUGCUGUGUUCUUUCACAUGAGAUAUCUAUAAAUAUCUAUUCUAUAUAUAUGUAUAUUGAGCCCUCCUGUGUGUAGUUUUCCAUCGGAGUUUGUCUCCUUGAUCAAGGUGAACUUUAAUGGAGUUUAUUAUUUUCUUCUCUGUACAAAGAGCCUAAUUUUGUGUAUUAUGGUGGCUGAUGUCAUGAGACUUUGAGAUGACAAAAUGUAUAAUAACAAAAGCCCUUGUCUAUGUAGAGAGAAUUGACUGUACUGACAAACUAAUAAAAGACUAAGUGGAGCUUGAUGUGGUGAUGCCAAGCGGGAGUCUUGAGGCUGCUGCUUGGGCCUAGGUUUGGGGAAGGAGCCAUGGUACCAUACAGACUGAUUCCAGCACUUAGCACAUGGAGUCUUACCAAUCUUAACAACAGCUCUUUGGGGGCAAUGCAUUCACAGCUGAGGUCACUGAACUGAAGAACAAAGAAUAUGCCCCAAUAAGAGGCCAAACAGAGUUGACUCUGGCAUUG